GCUCGAGCAGCAGAUGCCAUGGCUACAAGAGCUGCCUCUUUGGGCUCCGCUUCUUUCGCUCCUGAGCCUCUUCCCAGCUCUCCUCUGGCUCUUUGGUCGGCCCUCUGUCGGCGCUUCCACGCCGAAGCCUCCGAAGCCCAUGGCUCUGCCGGAGGGGAAGGUGCGCUUCAAACCCGGCAAGGAGUGGAAAGAGGUGUUGCCCGAGCACCUGCUUCCAGGAGGCUUAGAUGUCCGCUUCGACCUCGACGGCGGUCGCAACUUUGCUAGGCUCCAACCUGGGCAGUUUGAUCGGCCACCCAGCGACUCGGCAGACGAGACAAGCGUCGAGAAGCUGCUCAGCGACGCGGCGACCUGGGGACGUCAGGAUCGUCUCGAGAAGGUCCUCGACAGCUGCUACUACAGGUUGGAAGUCUUGAAUCGGCCUCUAGCCGAAGCUGCAGGACGGGGGCACGUGGACGUCUGCAAGGCACUGCUGGCAGCGAGAGGGGAUCCUUUGAGCAGGGGUGCAAAGGGCGUCACGCCCCUGCAUCGAACCACCAUGGAGGGCCACGAAGAGCUGGCGACGCUGCUGCUCCAACGAUGUAUG